UAUGGGCGCCGGAGCCAGAGAGCUCUGCCUGCCGCUUUGCCGUGCGAGCGGACGGACGGAGAGCGCCAGGCGGCCGGCGCCGGCGCUGCGGAUUGCAGGGGGAAGCGGUGCAGAGCGGUGCGCCCUCCCCGCGUUCCACCGCAGAGCCCGGCAGCCCCGCAGCUCGUCCUCUCAGACGUCGCCGCGAAGCUGCCGGCAAAAAGGCGAUGCCGGCUGAAGCCGACCAGUAGCGCCAGCGAAGCGAAGCCACCCCUGAUUUUCUUGGUUUUUAAAACCUCAUGGAUCGGGGCUAAUAUUUCCUGUGGCUUCUUCAGGAUAAUACAUAGAUAUUAAUAGAUAAUUCCUGGCCCAGCAUUCACCCAUUUCUUCAGUAUCCUGAAGACAGAUGACUAUGUUCAACAAUCAUCUCUUUCUGCACUACUGGACUACCAUAUGCCUUCUCACUCUACUGGCAGCUUUGAUAGCUGCUGAAGAUGUCGCAAACAGCACUUUAAACCACACUGACAUGCUCUUAGGAUCUGUGCCUGUGGUCACCUACAGAGUCGAUCACAUCACUGUAAAAGAAGGUUACAGUGCCUUGAUUGACUGUAAUAUUCAGGGUCACCCUGGGCCUCAGUAUGAGUGGUACAACUCUAAUGGCCAUUUGCUGACAGAAGAUGAGGAUGGAGCAGGAAAAUGGAUUCUUGACAACGGCAAACUAAACAUUACCAGUGUAUCAUUUGAUGAUCGAGGAAAAUAUACGUGUGUUGCUUCUAAUAUCUAUGGCCGAGUGAAUAACACCGUUACUCUGAGGGUUGUCUUCACCUCUGGUGAUAUGGGCAUCUACUACAUGAUUGUAUGCCUUGUUGCUUUUACUGUUGUUAUGAUCUUAAAUAUUACAAGGCUGUGCAUGAUGAGCAGCCACUUGAAGAAGACUGAGAAAGCCAUCAAUGAAUUCUUCCGGACAGAAGGAGCAGAGAAAUUGCAAAAAGCUUUUGAAAUUGCUAAACGCAUCCCAAUCAUCACCUCAGCAAAAACUCUUGAGCUUGCUAAAGUAACACAGUUCAAGACCAUGGAGUUUGCCCGCUAUAUUGAGGAACUGGCAAGGAGUGUUCCACUGCCACCUCUCAUUAUGAACUGCAGAACAAUAAUGGAAGAAAUUAUGGAGGUGGUGGGACUAGAGGAACCAGGGCACAACUUUGUAAGGCAUUCAGCUGUAGGUCAGGAGACCACUGACACAGAAGAGAUGUACAUGAUUCCUACUGCUCUGAAGCGUAGAGACUCUCUCACUGCUGAGUCUGAUGCAUCCUCUGUGCAUGAACCACCAGUCAAGAUUGCAAUCAAAGUGUCCGUUCACCAGUUAACUAAAAAGGACCUUGUGGAUGACCAGUCACAAGACAGUAUUCAGUUAGAAAUUAAAGAAGAGAGGGAAGAAGAUGAUAUUGUCCAAGCACCAACACAGGCACCUGAUCCAGUCUCAGACACAGAGCCUCCUGUGGAACCAAAUCCUACAGCUCUGCGAAGUGACAAGGACGCGUGCAUUAUUUAUGAAAGCCAUGUAUGAUAGGUUCCCCCUCCCCCCUGCAAAUCUAUGCAUUGCAAGAAAUCAGGCAUCAAAAGCAGAAAAGCCAUCUGGUGGGCAGCAUGUUUUCUUCCAUAAGGAAAAUGCAAAGAUGGACACCAUCAUAAAGUAUCCAUGAAGAUGGGCCGUAUCAUGAAGUGAAAUGUGAAGCCCAUUGUAAAAUAUUUUGUCUCUCCGAAAGCUAAUGCCAUAACCUGUUGCUAAACUUAUUGAUCUGUGGGGGUGCCAUGGCAUUUCUACAUGUCAAGCGUAACUUCUUUUGAUGAUCUUUGUUACCUCCUAUGCAAAUCAAUGACCUAGUUCAACUGCUUUGGAGACUAAACUAUGAGUUGUUUAAUAGUUUAUCUAACAUUGAAUGCAACAUAUUUAUUUAUGGGAAAAGGAAUUUGGACACUAUUACUGCAACAUAAAAUCCUAAUAUUGAAUUGAUUGGUAUUCUCUUGAAGGUGGCACUUGUUUGAACUUCACUUUCGGGUUUCCUGAAAUCAGGAGAGUAUUCAGAUAUGAGACUUAAAAGCCACAGUUUGUACAAUAUAAAGCCAUGUGAAAAUAUAAGAAAGACAGUGUCGUGUAGUGGUUAGUCAGACUGAGCUCUUGAAAGAUUGAGGUUCAAAUUCCCUCUGCCAUGAAAGCUUGUUGGGCCAAUCACAUACUCUCAAACUAACCUACCUCACAGGGUUGUUGUGAGGAUAGACUAGAGGAAAGAAAGGUGUAACCUGCUCAGGGUCCCCUUGGGGAGAAAGGCAGGGUAUAAAUCUAGUAAAGAAAUAAAAAUAAAAAAGCAAA